CCAAAACUGAUUUGUCGUUUCAUAUAAUAAUUUAUAUCACUUUUAGCUGAAUAUUUGAAUAAUUAUAAAAUAUAAAUAAUAAAAUUACUAUUACUUAAUAAUGUCUGACUUUAAUGAAUCGUUAGUCGGUGUUAUCGAGCACUCGACAAAUUAUGUGCGCUUCUCAGUGUUUGUCAGUCAAACCGGUCAAAUCAUAACCUAUUAUCAACUGGAAGUCAAUAAAAUAUUGCCGCGCGAGGGUUGGAUUGAACAGGACCCGGUUCAAAUUUAUGAAACAGUACUAAAUUGCAUUGAAGUGGUUGCAAACAAAUUGACACAAUUAGACAUUGAUUUAAAACAAAUCAAAUGCAUUGGUAUUACUAAUGAACGCGAGUCUACAGUUGUUUGGGACAAAUAUACAGGACAGCCAUACUAUAAUUGUAUUGUAUGGUUGGAUAAUAGAACAAAUGAUUUAGUGGAAAGUUUGAUUGACAAAAUCCCGGGCCGUGAUAUCAAUUGGCUUAAAAGCAAAACAGGUCUACCCAUUAGUACAUACUUUAGUGCACCCAAACUAAGAUGGCUUAUCGAUAAUGAUCCGGAAAUAUAUAAAGCAAUUAAAGAGAAACGUUUACUAUUUGGUACAAUUGACACCUGGCUAUUAUGGAAACUAACGGGUCAGCACAUGACUGAUGUGACAAACGCCAGUCGGACACUGCUUAUGGAUAUCGAGUCAUGCAAUUGGGACGACUAUUUGCUCGACUUUUUUCAUUUACCGAAAUAUAUUUUACCAGAAAUCAAGUCGUCGUCAGAUUUUUACGGCACACUUACUGUCAGUGAACUUAACGGCAUUCCAGUCACUGGCGUUAUCUCAGAUCAAAGUGCAGCACUGGUAGGUCAAAAAUGUUUUGGUUUAAGCCAGACUAAGGUCACGUGUGGAACUGGUUGUCAUAUUAUACAGAACAUAGGUCCCGGGCCAGUAAAUGGAGCACUUGAAAGUGUGUCCACAGAUGCCAAAAAAAAUUUAUUGAUAACAAUUGCUUUCAAACUUGGGGCACAGCCAACCUAUUAUGCUAUUGAGGGCAGUGCUGCUAUUGCCGGCGCCGCCAUCACUUGGCUUCGGGACAAUCUGGAGGUAAUCAAACACUACAGUGAUGUCGAAAAUAUAGCAGAAAUUGAGGACAAUUGCGGUGGCGUUUACUUUGUACCCGGUUUUCAAGGUUUAUAUGCCCCGCACUGGGACUCUAAUGCAACGGGAAUUAUACUGGGAUUUACUCAAUAUAGUCGAAAAUCGCAUCUAAUUCGGGCAACAGUUGAGAGCAUUGCCUUUCAGGCUAAUGAUAUACUGUCACUAAUGAGAUCCGAUACUAAUGGUAUCAAAAUUGACGGAAUACUGUCCUAUAAUAAUGUGUUAUGUCAAGCACUUGCCGAUCUGGCCGGUGUUACAUUUAUGAGACCAAACAUUUGUGAUACUAUAUCACUGGGCGCUGCAAUGAUGGCAGGCUAUCAGUUAGGUAUUUGGGAUAUCAAACCAGAACCUGACUAUCGAUGUGUCAUUGAAAGACCUGUAUUAUCCAAUGGAGUGACCAAAUCUGUAUCAUCAAUGAAGAUAGCGAUGAGAAAUGAAAAUAAUAAUAAUAAUAACGAGUUUUUCGGCGAAAACUUUGCCGAUAUUUUUGUGCCUAAAAUGACUGAAGAUAUGAGACAUAAAAAGAUCGGAAUGUGGAGGUCGGCCGUUGAAAGAAGUCAAAAAUGGACACGAAUUGAAAGGUUAGAACAUAAACAACAAGACUAUAAACGACUGUCCACUUUGCCAUUCAUUGCAUUUGCUUUAAUGUCUUUCGGCAUUCAUAUUGUUAGUCAGUAUUAAAAUAUAUAUUUUUUUAUAAAUUUUAUUAUUUU